UACCAAUGUCUGGAUACGAGAUAGGUGUAAGUGCAUUGAGUCUAUAAAUUUUUAAAUAUAUUAAUGUUAUUUAAUUAGUUUCUUUUUAUACAAAUUAAUGAUUUAUAUUAUGACAAUAUUUAUAUUAAAAAAAUUUACAGUUUAAAUUAAAUUUCGUGUAUUACUAAUAUAAUUAAAUAAUAACUAUCUACAUUUUUCGUGAUAAUAUAAAAGACAAUAAGAUUAAUAUAUCAUAUAAUUAUAAUUAUUAAUUUAUAAAAAUAUAAAUAUUAAUUGGGAUAAUUGAUUAUCUGUUUCUAAAAUUGUGAUAUUGUAACGUAAACAAACGUAUACAAUAUAUAACUAUAUACGAAUAUAUAUAAGAAGUUUAAAGAAUAUCUUCAAGAAUGUGCAAAAUUAUAUUUUCAAGUAAUAAAGUGUGUCGUGUAACAAUAUUAUAAUUGAAGUCUUUGUAUUUGUAAAAUUGAUUAACUCAUAUUUUCUCUUAAAAAACGUUAACAAGACUAAAAAUUUUUUUAAAGGAUGCAUAAAAUUAUUGAACUAAUUUUGAACACUGGUUUAUUGUUGAUAUUUUUACAACUUAUUUGGAGCAUUUUCAUAACUGUCAUUUAUAAUUUUUCAAUACCAUGGAUUUUUUGGUUUUCUCUCAUUGUUACAUUUGGACUAAAAAUAGCCAGGAUUCCACCACCAAAGGAUAGCAUUGUGCAAGAAGUGCUUGGUGUAGAUCCUCUUUUACUGAAAAAUAAUACCAUGGGCAAAGAUCAUGGUAAUGGAGAACAAUAUUGCAUGCGAGUGGUGGCUCAUCGUGGUGGAGGAUAUGAUUUUCCUGAGAACAGCUUAACAGCUUUUCGCAAUUGCAAAGAUAAAGGAUGUACUGCAAUUGAAUUUGAUGUAUGGCUUACAAAAGAUAAUGUACCUAUAAUAUUUCAUGAUUCAACAGUUGAUAGAGUUACUGGAAAACAAGGAAUUAUUAAGAAAAUGACAUAUGAUGAAUUAAAAGAUUUAGAUAUUUCUUAUAAUCAUCCACUUAAAGACAAAUUUGAUAAAAAUUUCAUAGAAAAAAUUCCAUUGCUUCAUGAGGGUAUAGAAAUGUGUUUAUUAAAUGAACAAAGAAUAAUUUUUGAUCUAAAAGCAUUUGAUCUAAACAUGGAAAUUGUGCAUAUAAUUGUAGAAAUGUAUAACAAAUAUCCUAAAUUAUUUCAAAGAGCAAUUGUAUCCAGUUUUAAUCCUUUGGUUGUAUAUAUGAUUAGAAGAAAAGAACCUCGAAUUGUAGGAGGUCUUGCAUGGAGACCUUAUUAUUAUUCAAGAGUAUCUUAUUCAGGUGUAGAAGGUCCAGGUCCAGCAAGAUAUCAUAACAAUUUAUUUCAACAUCUGAUAUAUUGUUUAAUAGAUUUUGUUUAUGAAUGGAUGUUUUCCCGUUUUAUGUAUUAUAUUGUGGGUGUGUCUACUGUGUUGUUGCAUAAAGAUAUAAUAAAUCAGCGUGUGAUACAUGAUUGGACUAAUCGUGAUAUUCGUGUAAUCGCAUGGACAGUAAACUUGCCAUCAGAGAAAUCACAUUUCGCACGAUUAUUUAAACUUACUUAUUUAACGGAUACAUUUGUUGGUUGAAAAAUAUAUAACAUAAUACUACAUAUUAUAUGUUCUAUGUGUUUUAAAAAUGAACAUAUUUUAUACUAUAUUUAUACUAUAUAAUAAAUUAUGAUCUAGUCCAUUCAUUGAAAUGAUGAAUCAUAUUUAUCUUUUUAACAAAAAUUCAAUGCUUACUUUAAUUAAUAAAUAAAAAUAAAACAACAUAUUAAUCU